AUGACUGGCACUUAUGGGUUUUGGGUUACAAAGGUUGUUCCCAGUGAAUUCUCAUGGAGGUCAGAGUUCAUCCACGAUCUCCAUCCGGCUACAGAGCGAACGGCUCUUCUCUAUCAUCUGUCUUACCUGGAUCUGGGUAAAUUUCCAAAGUUGGAGCGUCUGAUCAGAGAACAAGCCGUUGAAACACAAAUGCUGUUUGGAUCCUCUGAAGCCGUUCUGAUGAAGUGUGUCGCCACAGGUUCCAACCUGGUCUCCUCUGUUUUCCCAAUGUUGAUGACAGCGUUUGAGAAGAACAAACCCGUUUUGGCACUGAGAUCCCUGGAGAAAGCCAGAACAUGGAUCAAUGACAUCAUCAGAGCCAUGGAUGCGACUGUGCAGAGGUAUUAUCAACAUAUACAAAGUGUGGCAAGGUGCACCAGCGAUGUGAUUCAAGAGAAGAAAGAGAGAGAAGAAAAGCGAACUGAGAGCACACGGGUGAAGAGUCUGCAGGAAGCUGUGGCCAAGCUUGAAGAGGAGCUGAGAAAACACAACCGAGAUAUGAAGGGAUUAGAGAGAAAGAUUAAAGACAAAGACUGUGAGCUACAGAAUCACAUCGCACAUACUAGCGAAAAACAAUCUGGUAUCUGGAUGCACCUGCUGCAGUUUAUUGCUAUGACCGACCCUGCUGAUACUGCUAAAACUGAAUCGCUCAAUGCCGACCUGUCGUAUCUUACCUCCGAGAAGGACAAUCUGCAAGCCAGAAAGCAGACGAUUCAAGUCAAACUGACUGAUCUCCAGCUGAAGUUGUCCACUUGCAAAAUACAUCCAGGUGUGAUUCCCAGUCCUGUCCACCUUGAAGACGUCCAGCUGUGUCUUUUACAAAUCCAGCAAAUUCUGAUUGAGCUUCAGAAGUUUUGGGAGAAUGUGCGUACGCUGCUGGACUCAAUGAAAGACCAGAGCUUCGUCGAGGAGGAUCUCUUUCAGGACCUGAAGGAGGGGUUUCUGACCUCCAUUAAAGCAACAGGAAAGUACUGGCAGAGAUUUGGUGAAUGCUGUCAGAGAGCUCAGGUUAUCUUCAGCGUUCAGUCUAAAGAUGCGUUCAAGUUCCUGGAGACGAAUCCUUCCUCACUCUCCAAGGAUGAAUGGGAAAAGCAGCGCUGGUCUAUCACGGAGAGACUGAAUGAGAUCAGCCCACGUGUGUCGUCCAUAGCUGCCAUCACUGAGAGAUAUUAUUAAACAAUUAACUAAUUAAUCACUUUUUACAGUGACAUUUUCUAAUGCAUACAGAUUUCUCUCUGUCAUUUUAGUAAUGCUUUGUAAUGUCUUUACUGCUCUUGUACAAGUUACAAUUCAGCAUGAAUAUUCAUAAAUUAAAAAAAACAUAAUCUGGUUAAAAUCAGUUUGUGGUAUAAAGUCUGAUCCAUGUGGU